AAAGUAUACGUUAGAGACUCUCAGGUUCGCAGAUUUUACUAGCCAUACUCCUGCUUAGUUCAUAUAUUUUCAUUAUUCAAUAGCAGAGUUCCACAAAAGCUUUGAUACAAUAUGGGUGUUAUUCAUGCUCUUGUUAUUAUAUUUGCAUGCAUACUUGUUCUCUCACUAGAAAUUUCAGGAGCCAAUGAUUCAAUCAACGUGGUCCAGUUUCUGAGGGAUGGGAAUACUUUGGUAUCAAAAGGUGGAAAGUUUGAACUUGGAUUCUUCAGCCCUGGUAGUUCCCAGAAACGUUAUUUGGGAAUUUGGUACAAGAAUAUCCCAGUUCCAACGUAUGUUUGGGUUGCUAAUGGGGCCAACCCCAUCAAUGAUUCCUCAGGCAUCCUUACAGUGAACACCACAGGCAAUCUUGUUCUCACCCAAAAUGGUUCUCUUGUUUGGCACUCCAACAACUCUCACAAACAAGCACAGAAUCCGGUGGUAGAAAUGUUGGAUAGUGGCAAUCUUGUGAUAAGAAAUGAGGGAGAAACAAACCCAGAAGAGUAUUUGUGGCAAAGCUUUGAUUAUCCAUCUGAUACACUCUUGCCAGGGAUGAAGCUAGGAUGGGACCUCCGAACUGGUUUGGAACGGAAAUAUACAGCAUGGAGGAGUCAAGAUGAUCCAUCCCCAGGUGAUGUAUCUCGGGUUCUGAAACUCUAUAGCUAUCCUGAGAUUUAUAUGAUGAAGGGUACACAAAAGUUGCUGAGGUAUGGACCAUGGAAUGGCGAAUAUUUCAGUGGAAUGCCAGAUCUACUGAAUAACACCAUUUUCGGCUUGAGUUUUGUCAGCAAUGAAGAUGAGAUUUACUACACUUAUACCCUCGUCAAUGAUUCUGUCCCCACCAGAACUGUUACAAACCAAUCAGGUACUAUUGUUCGUUAUGUGUGGAAGGAGGAUGAGAAAACAUGGAAAAUAUACAGAAAGUACCCGAAAGAGUCUUGCGACAAUUAUGACUCCUGUGGACCUAACGGAUUAUGUGUACGAACUCAAUCACAGCCUUGCAUUUGUUUGAAAGGUUUCAGUCCAAAAUCACCAGAAAACUGGAACUCAUCGGACUGGAGUGAAGGAUGUGAGCGCAAUAAAGCGUUGAAUUGCAAUAGUGAUGUGUUUGUCCUAUUUAAAGGGCUGAAAGUUCCAGCCACUACAGAUACUUGGUUGAAUAAGAGUAUUGGUCUAAAGGAAUGCAAAGUGAAGUGCUUGAAAGAUUGUUCUUGCAUGGCUUAUACUAAUUCAGAUAUCAGAAAUGGAGGUAGUGGUUGUGUCUUGUGGUUUGGAGAUCUCAUUGACAUGAAACAGAUUGAAACUGGUGGACAAGACCUGUAUAUCAGGAUGAAUGCUUCCGAGGCAGAACCUCGACCGACCAACAACACACGAACGAUAGUUGCUUCUACCGUUGCUACAAUUUGUGGUGUUCUUUUUCUUCUAAGUACUUAUAUUAUUUUCAGGCUCCAGAGGAACAAAGCUGAUAUAAGUAAAAAAUAUGUGGAUGAUCUGGAUGUCCAACUGUUUGAUCUAGCGACAAUUGGAAAGGCCACUAAUAACUUCUCCACAGAGAAUAUAAUAGGAGAAGGUGGUUUUGGACAUGUAUACAAGGGAAAAAUCGACGGGAAAGAAAUUGCUGUAAAGACUCUAUCAAGAAGCUCAUGGCAAGGUGUGACAGAGUUCAUCAAUGAAGUAAACUUGACAGCAAAACUUCAGCAUCGGAAUCUUAUUAAACUUCUUGGUUGCUGCAUUCGAGGAGAAAAAAGAAUGCUCAUUUAUCAGUACAUGGAAAAUGGCAGCCUAGACUCCCUUAUUUUUGAUGAUGAAAAAGGUAAAUUUCUGGAGUGGCCUCAACGGUUCCAAAUAAUUUGCGGAAUUGCAAGGGGCCUUAUGUACCUUCAUCAAGAUUCCCCACUGAGGAUCAUCCACAGGGAUCUCAAAGCUAGUAACAUCUUACUCGAUAAAACGUUCAAUCCGAAAAUAUCAGACUUUGGUGUGUCGAGAUCUUUUGGAGUAGACCAAUUUGAAGGAAGCACAAGUAGAGUAGUGGGGACCUGUGGGUAUAUGGCACCAGAAUAUGCAAUUGAUGGAUUAUUUUCUGAAAAAUCUGACGUAUUUAGCUUUGGAAUUUUGGUGUUGGAGAUUGUAAGUGGGAAGAGAAACAGAGGACUUUAUCAGACGGAUAAGAGUCUUAACCUUGUUGCUCAUUCAUGGACAUUAUGGAAAGCUGACAAGGCAAUAGAUUUCAUUGCCUCGAACAUGAAGACAUCAUCGUGCGUAAUGUCUGAAGUACUGCGUUGUCUCCAUGUUGGUCUUUUGUGUGUGCAACAGUACCCAGAUGAUAGGCCUACAAUGAAGUCUGUUAUUCUAAUGUUGGAGAGUCACAUUGCACUGGCUGAGCCAAAAGAACCUGGUUUCCUUUCGAGAAACGUGUUACCUAAAGAUUUAGGCUCAAAUACGAAAGACACAAGUUCAACCAACGAAGUGACCAUUACUCUGUUAGAACCUCGAUGACUCAUUAAACAUUACUUAAAUAUAGAUAUAAGAGGAUAUUUGUAAGAACUUAUACUACACUUUUACCCACCCA